CUGAGUCCUUCUUCCACCACCACCUGUCUGUCAGGGUGGAUGUCUGCCUCGCCUGUAGAUGGCAGCAGCGCGCCUGACGUGGGUCUAACCUUGCUAAAAUUAGACGAGAAGAAGAAGAAGACAAACUUUUUACCGGAAAAGAACACAUGCACAGAAGUAGUUGAAACCAGACCUCGCGCUGGUUGCUGUUCCUCCAGAGCUGCUCACAGACCUCACGGAGAGAUGCAGAGCGCCGGAGGCAGCGCCGAUCGGCCUCAUCCUCUGUUUGGAGGAGCGCUGUCAGCUGUCAUCCCCCACAGUGCCACAGACACCAGUGAGCUGAGGGAGAUCCCGGACAACCAGGAGGUGUUUGCUCACGCGCACACCGACCAGAGCCUCAUAGUGGAGCUGGUGGAGUACCAGGGCCAGGUGGCAGACGAGGACUCUGCCAGGUAUCACUUUGAGGACAUCGCAGGCAGCAACAAAGCUCUGGAGCCAGGUGCUUUUGAAGUGACCAGUGUCGUGGCUCUGCCCAAAUCUGACCUGUCCCUGUCAGAGUGCAGCUCAGCCUGGGUGCUAACUGGGACGCAGUGUGUUUCCAAGUUCAAUGAAGAGGCGAGGAAUACGGUGACCCUCCACCUGGGUGUGUUCCGUCUGCCACAGUUCACCACAGACAUCCUGAUCACCUUCAAUGACCCGCAGAGCAUCAACCCUGACAGCAGCAGUGCUGCUGCUGUGGAGACACACAGGGCGCCAUGGACCGUGCAAGACUUCCACCGCUUGUUGCAGACUCUGACUCUUCACAACCCUGGGCUGUUUGGAUAGAGUAGCUGCGACUAACCUCAGCUGAUUACGUUUAGCCUUUCUCUAUGACACAGGCAGGCUACAUUAAAACCUUGCAGGCCCCAUUAGAAUUUGACCGGCAGUAUGCUUUGGGUCCCAGCCCAAAAGUUUUGGAAGAUAUUCCUUAGAGCUUAUGUUCUGCUUUUGUCGUUGUCUUUGUUUUAGCAAUUAAAAGAAAAACAAACUGAAAACCAAUCAGAUAAAUAUGUGUGUUUUCGUGGUUACGCACGCAGACACAUUCAGCUAACUAAUACCAGCCUUGCCAGUAUUUGUAAUCCACAAACCCUACAAACUACUAGACAUUCAUUUAAUAACACCCAACUUGUGCUGCACUGCUCAGAUUUCCAUAUUUUUUUUUACAGAGGGUAAUAAAAACAUGCAAGUGAUAGCAAAGGUCAAAGCAGAGGUCAGAAGGUUAUGGGUGAAAUGAGAUUCUACAUAUAAUAUCCCUCUGGUGCAGUUAAAGUGCAGGUAUUAUUCAUGGAUUCUCAGUGUCUUCAGUGGGACUCGGGUUUGGUCAUAAACAAUGAAAACUGAGAGGACGAGUCCCAGCAGGAAUAUGUAUUAGGUCAACUGUUUCCAUCAUUUACUGCAGUGGUCUCAUGGUGGAGUAAUUCAUUAGCCUGAACCUUGGAAAAAAUAAGAGACACUUCAUUUAAGGUGAAUUUAGUGAGGUACAAAAUUUAUGGAAUGGAAAAUGGCUUUUAUUAAUGGUUGCUUUGAAGUUAAAACCAUCCGUUUUGACUACACAAUAGAAGCCAUUUUCCCUCCGUUACAUCUGCUCCUAUUUGAACAAAAAAUGGUUUUAACUUGAGUCUGCUGUUAAAUAAGACUCACUUCCGCAGGGGAAUUCAGGUAAGUCUUGCGUAACAAAGGAAGAGGAAGCACAGUCUGUCUCCUUAAAGCCACAUCAAACCCUCCUCAUCCUCUGGUGCAAUCAUGAUGGAUUAAGAUCUCAUAAAGCCAGGCAUCCUUUCCUCUCAGCGAUCCCAGUGUAGCACAUUCCUUCAUUAACCGCAGCAUCAACAGAGUCACAACAGCAAAGUCUCCUUCUGACUACCUUGGAUAAACAUGCUGUUAUUGGUUCUGUUUGCAGUAAAGUCUACAAACAUCCUGUCUUUUAGACCUGAUGAUUGUUUGGGAAAUGGCAUUUGACUUGGAGGUCACGUCAGGAGACAAUUUUCCAAACACUGUGGACUUAAAAGCUUUCUCCAGCUCCUGUAAACAGCCUACAACAGAGUUGCUCCUGGGCUACUUACAGUGCAGUGGUCUCAAACUUUUUGCAUAAUGAUACUUGUCAUGUGCAGAUGCACAUACAGAAUAGUGAACAAAAGAACGAGUGUUUCUUUCUAUGUUGUUUCAUUUGGGGGAGAAAAACAAUUUUAGUGACCUCUUGUUCUUGUAAAAACAUCUUCCUUGUAUCUCUGUUGGCUUUAGUUUUUUUUAGUUUGGCUAUUUAUGAAACAUAUAUGUAGAGAUCUCAUGGGCUCUGUGUAUGCAGCAUAUUAAAAACCAGCUAUAUCAUAAGUUUUAUCACAUUUUUGUCUAAUGGAAGCAUGUAGUACUGCUGGUGAGGUUGACUCAUGUUUAUCCAGACAUUGUACAAAGUGGAGAAUGUCAUUAGAAUAAUGAUGGUAAACUGCUGUUAAGACAGGAGUCAGAGUAGCCACAAAACAACAGCAUGUUCUUUAAUCCAACUCCUUCUUAGGUGACAAUGUAAUAUUAUUUAAAUCCUCUGAAAAGCCGUAGGCAGUACCUGUGAGGGCCCCACUGCAGGCUACAGCACUGACAGUAACAGUGUUUACUCUGAGUCACAGAGGAAAACUGAGGGAUGCCUCCAUACUGAUGUCUUUGACCUCUAGUGACCUGAAGUCUGGCACUCAUCUUCCACAUUCUGCUAAAAAAAAACUUGGCUGACAGGUAAAGUGACAUCUUACUGAUGAAGACAAAUACAGCUUUCCUGUUCCUUUUCACAACAACUGGCUACUUCCUGACAAGUCCCUAAACCAAACUAGAGGCCCAAGGAAACAUCAUUCCAAACAUUUCAUGACCUACAGCAGCUCUUUUUUUUGUCAAGAAGUGUUGCUUUUCAACAACCAGGUGUAAUCAGUCUUGGAUAUAGUAGAUGAAAUAUUCAAUAAAACACACAAAAUGACUUGUCAGUAAGAA